UCAUGCGCACACAUCCAUAGCCUUCACGAGCCUUCAUUCAGCUCUGCCUUCCUAAGAAGAAAAGAAGGUUAUUGGUUUUUAUUUUUAUUUUUGCGUGUCUUCUAACACUUUUCCCCUCGAUCAUGUUGAGGAUGCUAAAGCGCCUUCAGCUCCGCCCGGGCUCUCUUUUAUUACUCCUGUGGUUCUGUCAUUUCAUUCAAGAGCAAAAAGUGCAAGCUGGGAAUUGCUGGCUCCACCAGGGGAAGAACGGCCGCUGCCAGGUGCUCUACAUGCCAGGCAUGAGCCGUGAGGAGUGCUGCAGGAGCGGGAGACUGGGAACCUACUGGACCGAGGAGGACGUCCCGAAUAGUACCCUGUUCCGCUGGACCAUCUUUAACGGAGGGGCUCCCAACUGCAUGCCAUGCAAAGAGACAUGUGAGAAUGUGGACUGCGGCCCUGGAAAGAAGUGUAAGAUGAACAGGAGGAGUAAGCCACGCUGCAUCUGCGCCCCUGACUGUUCCAACAUCACCUGGAAGGGACCGGUGUGCGGCUCGGAUGGAAAAACGUACCGUGACGAGUGCGCACUCCUGAAAUCCAAGUGUAGAGGGCAUCCAGAUCUGGAGGUGCAGUACCAGGGCAAAUGCAAAAAGACAUGCCGUGAUGUGCUUUGCCCUGGCAGUUCGACGUGCGUCGUGGACCAGACCAACAACGCCUACUGCGUCACGUGCAACCGCGUGUGUCCCGAGGUGACAUCACCUGACCAGUACCUGUGCGGCAACGACGGCAUCGUCUACGCCAGCGCCUGCCACUUACGGAGAGCCACGUGCCUGCAGGGCAAAUCCAUUGGCGUGGCCUAUGAGGGCAAAUGCAUCAAGGCCAAAUCGUGCGAUGAUAUCCAGUGCAGCGGAGGGAAGAAGUGUCUGUGGGAUGAGCGAUUGGGACGCGGCCGGUGCGUGCUCUGCCAGGAUGAGAUGUGUCCCGAGAGUCGCACGGACGAGGUCGUGUGUGCAAGCGACAACACCUCGUACCCGAGCACGUGUGCCAUGAAGCAGGCUGCAUGUUCCAUGGGCGUGCUGCUGGAGGUUAAGCAUUCGGGAUCAUGCAACUCCAUUACGGAAGACCAGGACGAGGACAACGAUGAUAACGAUGAUGAUGAUGAUGAUAACGAUGAUGAUGAUAACGAUGAUGAAGAAGAAGACCAGGACUACAUGGCUUAUAUCCAUUUAUCACCAAUUCUGGACGGAUAAACAGCCAUCAGCCAGAGGGAAAAGUCCUGUGGCAAGGAAAACCAUGUCCACACUGUACAAAUGUGUAUGCUAAUUUAUUUUUCGAUGAAAAAAAAAAAAAGGAAGUAUACAUAUAGUUCGGUCUGAUAGAUGUUUAUUUAUGCAGUGUUUCAUAAUUUAUACCUUUACAAUGUCUGACGUACUAUCUUGAUCAUGUUUUUUUUUGUGUUCACUUGGUUUUAUUAUUAUUAUUAUUAUUAUCUAUAUUUGUCCAAAGAGAAGCAGUGUUAUUUAUUGUGAACGCUAUCGAGUGUAAAGUGUGCAAGUCUUCUGCAAGUUGUAAAUUGCAUUCCCCUUGCUGUAUAAAUCCGCUUAUCGCUCGCUAUCUGUUCUACUAUCAUAGAUGUUUAUUAUUUCACACUUACCUGCAUGUCAGCCUGUGUGUUUAUUUAUUGGGAAGAAAAAAAAAAACCUGUCACUCUUUAAAAUGUAAAUGACAUGUUUCUGGUUUUGUUUACUCUUCAAAUUGACCAAAUGGAUUUCACCACUAUACCGUGCAAAAUGCUAAGAUUUCAUUCAUGAGCCAGUUCAAGAUAAAAACUGAAAAAAAAAAAGUCUUUCAUGAUUUUUCAGAUUUUGGUGUCGUGUCUUAGUUUUAUGUAUUCAGCUAUUCAACAUCGUCUUUUUUUUUUUUUUAAAGUGCCGCUAAUCCAUUUAUGAGUUCAUGGCCAGCGUUCUGCUCUGUAACACCUCCGUCGGAGUUGAUGUGAUGUAGGACUGAGUAUCAACAUAUUGAACAUUAUCACUUUGUAUUGUUUGUCAUUUUUAAAAGUACAUUUUUAUUUUCUGACAUCACAAGAUAGUUAUAAAUAUAUAGUUUUGUAUUUUUUUAAUGUAAAUGUCAUAUGUAUAUAUAAAGUUUGAUGGUAUUUGUACAGAUAUGAAGAGUGAAACCAUAAAAAAAAUAAAAUUAAUGUGAUUUUA